CCGACACAUAUCAUUAGCAUUUAGCACUAUCGAACAUGCCGCGACCCUCGCGUGAAUCGUACGGUGACCAGAAGCCCCCGUACUCGUACAUCUCCCUGACGGCGAUGGCGAUCUGGAGCUCCCCGGAGCGCAUGCUGCCGCUGUCGGAGAUCUACCGGUUCAUCACGGACCGCUUCCCGUACUACCGGCGCAACACGCAGCGCUGGCAGAACUCGCUGCGGCACAACCUCUCCUUCAACGACUGCUUCGUGAAGGUGCCGCGGCGCCCGGACCGGCCCGGCAAGGGCGCCUACUGGACGCUGCACCCGCAGGCCUUCGACAUGUUCGAGAACGGCUCGCUGCUCCGGAGGCGCAAGAGGUUCAAGCUGCACACUGAGCAGAAGGAUGGUUUCAAGUCGGAGCUGGCUGCGUUGGCGAGCUUCAAUCGGCGUUAUCUAGCUGACCAGUUAAACAUGAGGGCUCAACCAGUGCAAGCGUGUGAUGUACCAGUGGCUGCUACUUCUUGUAAAGUGAAUGAUACAAAGGACAGUUGGAGGAAGUCGUUCUCUAUAGACAGUUUGUUGAGUAGUGCAGAGGACAAGUCGAGUGUAGAGGACAGCAGGAGCGCGGCGUGUGCGCCGGAGUGGUACCAGCCGGAGCUGGUGGCGCUGAGUGCGGCCAUGUGGCCCUCCAUGUACCCUGCCUCUUCCCUGGACCACCUCCAGUUAUCAGUGAACUUUCAGAAUAUUAUCAAUAAUCUGCACUAUUACUUCCAGAAACCGCUGAAUUCAGUGUAACUGUGAAUUUUAUUUAAAUGUGACCGUUAAAUUCAAAUUCAGAAUAGUUAACAGGCUGACGGAGUCAUUGGUACAUUUCAAGCUAUAUACCUACACAUAUAACUUACUUAUACUAAUUAAAAAAACAGGAUAGGUAUUGUAGGUACAAUAAAAUAUGUGAAAUAAAAAUGAUGGAACGGAGCAAUUGUAUAGAAUGAACUUAAGAUGUUCCUCAGGGCUGAAAGUAAACCUACUAGAAUAAUGAUUUACUUAUAGGUAUUUAGUAUAUAUUAAAAAUAAGUAUAGGUACCUAAGUGCUAACUGGUCUAUAAAUUAUACUUUCAGGUGUUGCAAAAUUAUGUAAAAUCAUUUUAUAGUUAAAAGUAAAUAUUUGAUGAAUAGAACCUUUUAUUAACUGUAGACACUUAGGUUACCUUCAUACGAAAUACUUAGGUUUAAAUAAAAUUAUUUAAGAAAGAAAUGUAAAUAAAAAAUAUGAAUAUUUUUAAUUAAGUAUAUAAUAAUAAUAAAAAAAUAUAAAUUCUGUUAAACAACAAUUAAAAAUAAUUGUCCCUAAAUUUUAUUGUUUCAGUUAUUUGUUCUGUUAUUAUUUAAUCAGUGCCAAGUUAUUACUUAAAUAAAAUUAUUUCAAUAGAA